AUCAUACAAUAUCUCUACAAAAUUGUCAAUCAAACAGCUCCUAUUCCGUCUCAUUUAAGCUUUAUAAUAUUCACCAUUACAGAAUGAAGGUCGCCACUCUCAUCACCCUCAUUUCCGCCGCCGCUGUGAUUGCGUCCCCAGUCGCCGCUCCUGUCGCGGAACCUCAACCCAAGGGCGAAGCUGUGGAAGCAAGGAAGGAGUACCAGGAUUACAGCCGCUAUGGCAAGUACGGAAAGUAUUCGACGUAUGGAAGCUAUAAGCGAGACAGCCAAGUCGCCCCAAAGGUAGAAGGUGUUUCGAUCGAUGACAAGGGUGACUAUGGAAACUACGAGAAAUACGGACCAUACACCAGCUACGGUUCCUAUGCUAAGAAAAAGCGUGACGAAGAGGAAAGCGACGAUAAGGAAAGUGACGACGAGGAAAACGACGAUAAGGAAAGUGACGACGAGGAAAGGGACGACGAGGAAAGCGACGACGAGGAAAGCGACGACGAGGACAGCGAAGACGUUGGAUACGGCGCCUACGGAAACUAUGGCAAGUACGGGCAAUACGCCACGUACGGAAAUUACAAGCGUGAGAAUAAAGUCGACUACGGCGCCUAUGGAAACUACGGAAAGUAUGGAAAAUACGCUUCUUAUGGCACGUACCGCCGUGCUGUGGAGUGGAUCAAGAGCAUCUUGCCUUAGAGCAGUUGAUACACUCGUCCACCAGAGGACGUGGGAAAAGAACCACGUCAGGCAAAUCCAUGAC